AUGACAGCAAACGAGAUUCCGACGUGCCGUUGGGGCAUCAUUACCACUGGCCUGAUCUCAUCAUGGUUCGUUGCAGACCUGGUGAUGCAACGCUCGGAUGCCAAAGCCAACCAUGUCAUUCAAGCUAUCGGCUCGUCUUCUCUAGAAAAGGGCCGCGACUUUGCUGCCAAGUAUGUGAAAGACGUGUCGACACAGCCUACCAUCCAUGCAAGCUAUGAAGAAGUCUACAAUGACCCCAGCGUAGACUGCGUCUAUAUUGGCAGCCCUCAUGGUUUCCAUAAGCGAGAUUGUUUAGCCGCGAUCAAAGCAGGCAAGAAUAUUCUCUGCGAAAAGGCGUUCACCAUCAACGCCAAGGAGGCCAAAGAGGUCUUCGAAGCCGCGAAGGAAAAGGGCGUCUACGUUGCUGAGGCGAUGUGGUUGCGCCAUCGUCCUAUGGUUGCGGAUCUACGAAAGCUGCUGUAUGAGGACAAGGCCAUCGGCGAGGUGUUUCGUACGAGCUCGGACUUCCAGAUGUACCUCGAUAUCGCCGGCCUGCCAUCCACAUCAAGGUACAAGGACAUCAACCUCGGUGCUGGCUCAUUGCUGGACAUUGGUAUCUACCCGUUGACCUGGGCCAUCCUGACACUGGAGCCUGAUACGCCCGGACCGAGGGAGCUACCAACGAUCAAGGCUGCCCAGUCAUUCGUCGAUGGUAUUGAGGUUACCACCAGCCUCAUCCUCCAUCAUGGCGUUAGCGGGCGCCAGGCCGUGGUCACUUCCACUACGGAACGCAAGGAUGGCCCAAUGAAAAUUAUUGCUACCAUCGACGGCACCAAUGGAUUUGUCGAGGUUGAGGGAGCAGCCCCGUCGCACCCGAAGUCUUUUACCGUCUACCCCAAGUGGACCGGCGAGAAGAAGCCGGAAGGAAAGAAAUACGAUUAUGACAGACCUCAACAGGGCUUCAUCUACGAGGCUGACAACACUGCUCUGGACCUUGCAGCUGGCAGAAAGGAGAGCACCAUCAUGCCUUGGUCGGAGACAAUCCGGGUGCUGGAGAUCAUGGACGAGAUCAGACGCCAAGGCGGUACGAAAUACCCUGUUGACUAA